CUCACAGAAAGCUUUUGGAUGCAGAAAAUUCAUAUUUAAUGGGAUUGCACAGCAUUUAGAAAUUUAGUUUUCUAUUUCUAUUCAACGUUUAAUUAUCAAAGCUGUAUAUAAAAUGUCAUCGACUUCCAGUGCUUCACGACUUCUUUGGAGAUCCCUAAAUGGAUUACAUAGGGAGAGCCGAAAGUCUUAUUCAACGACGAAUAUUAUCCCUAAGGAUAUAAGUAGGGAACCGACAUCGUCGUCGUCUUCAGCAAGUAAUUUCCUUACGAAAGAUUUUGAGGAAAUCAAAUUCAAUGUUCCUUGGGGUCACGUAUCGGGUAAAUGGUAUGGACCUAAAAACGUUCGUCCCAUCGUUGGCUUCCAUGGCUGGCAGGAUAAUGCCGGAACUUUCGACACAAUUGCUCCACUUUUACCAUCACAUCUCGGAUUCCUGGCCAUUGAUUUGCCCGGUCAUGGAUUAUCCUCAUGGCUACCAAAUGGUUGCACAUAUCAUGCCGUGGACUAUGUUACAUUCGUGCUGACUAUGAUGCGUGAAUUUGGGUGGGAAAAAAUCUCGAUGAUCUGCCAUUCGAUGAGUGCCAUCAAUGGAUUCGUAUUCAGUUCCUUGUACCCGGACAAAUGUGAUAUGUACAUUGCCCUGGAUGUCCUCAAACCUCUUUUGCGUUCUAAGGAAGUUCUCAUCAGUACUGUUGGCGAGCGCUUGGAAACUUUGCUCAAAGUCGGUGAAAGACAUCGCAGCAACAAACAGCCACCCAGCUAUGACUUUGAUGAGCUGGUGGACAGACUGCACGAAGGAUCGGGUAAAUCUAUCAACAAAGACUGCUGCCAGUUUAUUUUGCAAAGAAAUGUAAGACCAUCUCCGAACGAUCCAACCAAGUUCAGUUUUAGCCGGGACGAGCGAUUAAAAUCAUUGUUGUUCUAUGCCCUGCCACAGGAACUAGUUUGUGAUAUGGCUCAAAGAAUAACCUGCCCACAUUUGUUCAUCAAAGCUCUGCAAGCACCGUACUAUGAGGACAAGUCAAACUAUGACGAAGUGAUAAAUGUCCUCACACAAAAACCAACUUUUGAAUAUCACCAAAUAGACGGGACGCAUCAUGUCCAUCUGAAUGAGCCCCAUAAAUUAGCUAAUAUUAUAAAUCCGUUUAUAAACAAACAUAGACCAGCACCAAAGCAAUAAAAUAAGAGUUAGCUAAUUUAUUUAUAAUGUA